AUGAAGCUGGUCACAGUUGUUGUUCCGGUGGCUGUCCUGAGUCUGGGAUUUGUCUCGGCCCUUCCCAAUGCCCCUCAAGGGUAUACUCCCACCAGCGUCACCUGUCCCGCGAGCAGACCCACGAUACGAAGCGCCUCAUCCCUAUCCCCGAACGAAAGAGCAUGGCUUGAAGUACGUCGCCAACAGACUAUCCCGUCCAUGAAAGACUUCUUCCGCCAUAUCGACAUGGGCGCCUUCGACGCGGUGUCCUACCUCACCGACCACGCAUCCAACAUCUCCAACAUACCCAAUGUUGGCAUCGCGGUGUCGGGAGGUGGCUACAGAUCGUUGACAACCGGCGGAGGUGCCCUCAAAGCAUUCGACAGUCGCACCAAGGACGCGAACCAGCCCGGCCAUCUGGGUGGUCUGCUGCAGUCAGCCACCUACCUCUCCGGUCUCUCAGGCGGAGGCUGGCUCGUGGGAUCCAUCUACCUGAACAACUUCACCACCAUCUCGGACCUCCAAACCUACCGAGAAGGCCAGGUCUGGCAGUUUCAGCACUCCAUCAUGAAGGGCCCCAAGCUCGAGGGACUCCAAAGCUGGGACACCGUCCAAUACUACCGCGAUCUGGCCAAGGCCGUGGCAGGCAAGAAAGCCGCCGGCUUCAACAUCUCCCUGACUGACUACUGGGGCCGCGCGCUCUCAUACCAACUCGUCAACGCGACCCAAGGCGGGCCCAGCUACACCUGGUCGUCCAUCGCGCGGACCUCCGACUUCCAGGACGGAAAGAUGCCGCUCCCUCUGCUCGUCGCCGACGGCCGCAACCCCGGCGAAACCCUCGUCGGGAGCAACUCAACCGUCUACGAAUUCAACCCCUGGGAGUUCGGCAGCUUCGAUCCCUCGAUCUACGGCUUCGCACCGCUCGAAUACCUCGGCUCCUACUUCUCCGACGGCUCCAUCCCACUCAACCAAGCCUGCAUGCGCGGCUUCGACAACGCCGGCUUCGUAAUGGGGACAUCUUCCAGCCUCUUCAACCAAUUCAUCCUCCAACUCAACGGGACCUCCCUACCCCCGACUCUUAAAACGAUCCUGGCGGAGAUCCUCGAAUGCCUCGGCGCCCACAACAGUGACAUCGCCAUCUACUCACCCAACCCCUUCCACGCCUACCGCAACGCCACCGCCGCGUACGCCGAAACCCCCGACCUGAAUAUCGUCGACGGCGGCGAAGACAACCAAAACCUGCCCCUACACCCCCUCAUCCAACCCCUCCGCAAAAUCGACGUCAUCUUCGCCGUCGACUCCUCCGCCAGCACCCCCAACAACUGGCCGAACGGCAGCCCCCUCAUCGCCACCUACGAACGCAGCCUCAACGCCUCGGGCAUCGCCAAGAGGACCCCCUUCCCCAGCAUCCCCGACAAAAACACCUUCCUGAAUCUCGGCCUCAACUCCCGCCCCACCUUCUUUGGCUGCAACAGCUCCAACAUCACCACCGGGCCUGCGCCCUUGAUCGUCUACCUCCCCAACUACCCCUACUCGACGUACUCGAACACGUCCACGUUCCAGAUGAAAUACGCGAUUUCGGAGAGAGACGCCAUGAUCACGAACGGGUACGAGGUUGUCACGAUGGGGAAUCUGUCACGGGGCCCGUUGUCGGAGGAUUGGCCUGCUUGUGUGGGGUGUGCGGUGUUGAGUCGGUCGUUGGAGAGGACGGGGACGCCCGUGCCGGGGGUUUGUGUGCGGUGCUUUGAGAGGUUUUGUUGGGAUGGGACGAGGAAUAGUUCCACUCCCGCAUAUUAUGACCCUGAGCCGUUGGGUGGUUACAGAGUACUAUGA